AUACCGUCUGAGUUUCGUUUUGGAGUCUGCCAUACUUUUUUCUUUGAAAGCUUUUGUGGGUGAACAGUUUUAGUUAAUCUGAAACAAUGGAGUCAGGAGGUGCAAAGGGAGGGAGAGGAGGGAGAAAGGGUGGAGUGAAGAAGAAAAGUGUUUCAAGGUCUGUCAAGGCAGGGCUUCAAUUUCCUGUUGGCAGACUGGCCAGGCUUCUGAAAAAGGGCAGAUAUGCUAAGAGAGUUGGAUCUGGUGCCCCCAUUUAUAUUGCUGCUGUAAUGGAGUACUUGGCAGCAGAAGUGCUGGAGCUUGCUGGUAAUGCUGCUAGGGACAACAAGAAGAAGACAAUAAACCCUAGGCAUCUUCUGCUCGCAAUCAGGAAUGAUGAAGAAUUGGGGAAGUUGUUGAGCGGCGUUACCAUUGCCCAUGGAGGAGUUCUGCCAAACAUACAACAGGUGCUUCUUCCCAAGAAGCCCGCUUCUGAUAAGGAGCCCAAAUCUCCCAAGAAGUAAUGACCUGUGUUUUUUAGCUUUGCGACCUCAGAUUUCUAAAAUCGGUGUUUCAUAACACAUCUUUAUUUUGAUUUGCUCUCUCUGUUAGGGCAUUGGUAAUAGUGUUAUCAAAUUUUUAUGCCUCUUUCUUAGGGGUUUUUGUAAGUAAAUUUCAAUGAUCUGCCGGGGGAAAUGUCCUGUCUGGGUUUUGAAUUAAAAGUGUUCUUCAUGGAAAAUGCAUAGAGUUGUUUCCUCA